GGAGAACCGAGCGACAGGCGUCAUUUUGUUUGAGAUGACCUCCAAAGAUGAAGAAGACUUUUAUCAGUCAGAAGAUGAUCUGGAUGAAGAUGAGGCAACCCAAUAUUUAAUUGAACAAAGUCUGAUCCAGUACAGAAAGCUUAAAGGAUUGAAUCCGAGCAGAGAUCUGAAACCAUGUGAAGAUCCCGAUGAGAUUUUCAAAGCAAUCAAGCAAGGUGAUGAAGCUACAGUCAACCAACUGAUUUUACAACCCGAGAGUCUUUCCAGAGUUGAUGAACGAGGAUGGAUCCCUCUGCAUGAAGCUGCUGUGCAGGAAAACAAAAACAUACUAGAAACGAUAUUUUCAGCAUCACUUCCAGGAGCAGCUCAGUGUCGCACUUUAAAGGGAGAAACUCCUCUGUUUCUCGCUGUGGUCCACGGAAUCAGAGAGAACGCAACAUUCCUGUUACAGAACGGCUGCAGUCCAGAAAUCCAGAAUGAUGAACAGGAUUCUCCGUUGGUGGCUGGUAGCCAACUUCUUUAUAGUGUGAAAUACAUUACCUUUGGCCAAUGCUGUUUUUACCUGCAAAUCUUCUCGUUUGUUUCUCGUCUCCCAGCUAUUCUAAACGACCAGUACGACUUGGCCACGCUUUUGCUGCGUUACAAUGCAAAAGUAGAUCAAACAGGACCGCUGAACAGGACAGCCCUACACGAAUCUGCCUUUUUAGGCUUGGAGAGCUUUGUUUAUCUGCUGUUAGAGUCGGGAGCCAACCCAAACGCGCUUGAUGUCAAGAUGAAAACUCCACUGGCCCUGGCAGCACAAAACGGACACCUGAAUGUUGCAGAGAUUCUGAUACAAAAAGGAGCGUGUGUGCAGUUUGAACCAGAAUCAGGUAGUAUUUUGUUUGAUGCAGCAGCAUCGGGGAACCCUGACAUCAUCUCCUUGUUGUUGGACAGUGGAGCAGAUCCCAACCUUCACCUGCCCAGCGGGCAUCUGCCGAUUCACCGUGUGGCGUACCACGGUCACAGACUAGCACUGGAAGUCCUCCUCCCUGUGACUGAGCUGCAGGCUGUGAAAGAAAGCGGGAUGAGUCCUCUCCAUUCUGCUGCUGCGGGGGGGCAUGCACAUUGUGUGGAGACUUUGCUCAAAGCUGGUUACGAUCCAAACUUCAUGCUGCACCCGAGGCUACGCCGCAGCUACGAUGACGAUCGCAGAUCUGCCCUGUUUUUCGCUGUGUCGAAUAACGAUCUGCAGUGCACCCGUUUGCUGCUGGAGGCUGGGGCAAUGGUAAACCAAGAUCCUAUCAACUGUCUACAGGUGGCCCUGAGACAGGGCAACUAUGAACUUAUCAACCUUUUGCUGAAAUAUGGGGCAAAUGUCAACUACUAUUCCCGUGUGAACACCACUCACUUCCCUUCGGCGCUUCAGUAUGCCUUAAAGGAUAAAGUCAUGCUGAGAAUAAUUCUGAACCAUGGUUAUGAUGUGAAGCGUUGCUUUGACUGUCCAUAUGGUGACAAUUCACACGACUACGCUCCUUGGACGACGUCAGUCAUUAAAGACAUGGUGUUUUGUGAGGUGAUAACAGCGUCGUGGUUGAAGCAUUUAUCUGCUCAGGUGGUGUGCACCAUGCUUGACUACACUGACCAUGUUUCAUUCUGCCGUAAACUGGAACAGACCCUGAAGGAGCAGAAACAGUGGCCUGAAAUCUGUCACAUUCAACGAAAUGUAAGGAGCCUGAAACACCUGUGCCGGUUGCGGAUACGGGAACACCUCACUUUUCUGCGCCUGAAACCGCCAUGUUUUAUCAACUUCCUUCCUCUUCCUCCAAGGCUGAAAGAUUACCUCCGCUACAAAGAGUUUGAUGUUUAUAGUAGGGGGAGCGUGGUUUAAUCAAAAACAGCUAAAGAUAUCACACAGACAUGUGCUGCAAAUUCAUUUUUAUUGAAUGUUUAAAGGAAAAUCACAGUUUUUCACAUAAACAAUCCCUGUUAAUAUUAUUCCUGUAAAAGCUUGAAUUUAUAUUAAACCUGUAUUUUAAUCUGUAUUAUUGGUUUAUUAAAAAAAGAUUGUUUAUGCAUCAUUUAAUAAUUGGAGGGCAUCAAAAUUAAUGAAAAGUAAACCUUUUCUGCUAUUUGUUCAUCAAUAA